GAUCAUGAAGUGGAGGGAGAGGCAGACAACUUCAGAGUUUUUCGUGUCCACAUGUGAUUUUUGAGGUUUUUACUUCUGUCAUUUUUCGAACGGUUAUCAGGAAAGUGAAAAAUGAAUCCUGAAAGGAGAGUUGAAUAUCUGAUUGUUGAUACUAGUGCUUUCAUAAAAAAUGUCCCUCUGCAGGAUGUAGGAGAGAAUAUCAUCACUGAAGAGAGUGUUGUCAAUGAAAUUAAGAACAAAAGACAGCUGAGGAGACUCGUGGUGCUGCCUUAUGACCUGGCGAUCAAGGAUGUCUUCCCCGAGAACAUCCAUUUCGUCACGGAAUUUGCGAAGAAGACUGGAGACUACAUGAGUCUCUCCGCCACAGACAUCAAAGUGAUAGCAUUGACUUACCAAUUGGAGAAGGAGAAAGUGGGUACACAGCACCUAAAGGAGUCUCCAGCAAUAGUAAAGACCCUGCCAGCCACCAGAGCCGAGCCCUUGGCGCACCCCAAGAGUAUCAUAGGUUUCUACGUUCCUGGGGAUGAUGAAAGUGAAGGGGAAGAGUCUGAGGGUGAUGGAGAAGGCGAUGAAGCUGUCACAAAAGCAGAGGUUCCUGUACAAACUCUGCAGAACGUCGAGAGUAAAGCAGAACCUGGGGAGAAGCCCCCAGGAGAAGAGGGAGAAGCCCUGGAGGUGAGGACAUCGUCUUCUGACAGUAAUGUCGACGAGACAGAUGAGAGAUCCGAGGGCUACCUCACAGCUGAGUCAGAUCAAGACCCCGAGGUAGAAAAAAAUGAUCUCAUUUCCAAGUUUGAAAGUUUAAACUGCAACGCUGAUGAGCUUCAACUGGAAAAUGGAGCAGGCAAUGCUGAUGAGAUAUUGGCUCCUGUGAAGGGGGAGUCCAGUGAGGAGGAGGACGAGGAGGAGAGUACUGGGAGCGAUGAGGAUGAGGAUGAUGAUGAGGGUUGGAUCACACCUAGCAACGUGGCACAAGCGAAAAAAGAAAUGGAGUCAGACAUAAUCUCAGACAAACCCGCCAGAGUGGCGUGCAUGACCACUGAUUUUGCAAUGCAAAAUGUCCUUAUGCAAAUCGGCCUCAAUGUUGCUGCCUUGGAUGGACGGGUUAUCAGGCAAAUGAGGACAUUUAUUUUCCGUUGUUAUGCGUGCUUCAAGACCACCAGCAUCAUGACCAAAGUAUUCUGCCCGAAUUGCGGUCUUAAGACACUCAAGAAAGUCGCUGUUUCGUUGGAUGAUCAGGGAAAUGAGAAGAUUCAUAUCAAUUUCAGAAGACCUCUUUCUGCUAAAGGGAAAAAAUUCUCCCUGCCGACUCCGAAGGGAGGGAAGCACGCGAGCAACCCAAUCCUCUGUGAGGACCAGCCAGUACCUGACCAGAGGCCCUCGAGGCUCGCUCGAAUGAAAAACGACCCCCUCAACGAUGACUACAUCGCUGGGUACUCGCCCUUCAUCAUGAGAGACGUCAAUUCCAAAUCGGCGAUGCUAGGAAUCCGAGCCGAACACUCGAACUUCAAGUACUGGAUGAAGAAAAAUCCCAAUGAGUCGAGGAAAAAACGGAAAUGAAGCCUCCCUCAUUUUGUAUUCAAUGUAGACAAUAUUUUUACAAUAAUAACGAUAAAAAAAUUAAAGCAA